GGUGCGCCGCCGGCUACCCAAACAGACGUGCGCGCCGUCGCUCGCUCCGCAGUUGAGUUCCGCGCGCCCGCGCUCUCGAUAUGAGCUCCGGCAAGAGGAAGCUCUCGUUCCUGGGCUUCGCCCCGCAGGAGGCGAGCACCGCCAGCGGGCCGGACGAGGUGCGGCUGGACGAGGAGAUGGAGCGCGUGGUGUGGGGCGACGCCGCGCCGCGCCUGCCCGCCGCCGCCGGCGAGCCGCGCCGCGACAGCGCCGCGCCGCCGCCCUACUCCGUGCGCGAUGGCGUGACUUCGAGCAGCUCCGAGCUGUCGCAGCCGCCAGUCAGCACCGGCUCCGAGCAGCAGACAUCGGGCGGCGCGUGGUCCGGCUCGGGCUCCGGCGGCAGUCCGCGAGAUGCCGACGAGCGGCACGUGCAGUUCGACGGCGAGCGCGCCGAGCGGCCCGACCUCGCAGACACUUUAGACGACGCCGACGAGGAGCGCCGAGCACAGCGUAACAUCAAGCACCUGCACCCGCACAAAGCCCGCAAGUACUCCCUGCAAGAGGGCGCUCGCGGCGGUGGCGAGCGGCGCGUCAGCAUCGAGCCGGUCGAGGAGCCGCUGCCCGAGGCGGACGCCGAGCAGCUGCACGCGCACCGCAGUGACGACCCGCGCGCGCUGCGCCGCCACAAGAUCCAGCCGCGGGGUUCAACAGUUCACGUAGGCCGCAAGGAUGGUGGUGAUAAAGUACAAAAUAUAUUAUCAGAUGCCGCCUACAAAAAGAUGUACGAUCACAGCCCGCAUUCGGUUUUCGUGCAACUGGACGAGUUGCUGGCUACGGAGGACGGUGAGGCCGAGUGGAAGGAGACAGCGCGUUGGAUCAAAUAUGAGGAGGACGUGGAAGAGGGCUCAGCCCGUUGGGGUAAGCCCCACGUGGCCUCCCUGUCAUUCCACUCGCUGCUCAACCUGCGGCGCUGCCUUGAGACCGGCGUCGUGCUUUUGGACCUGGACGAGAAAGACCUGCCCGGGGUCGCGUACAGGGUAGUGGAGAGCAUGGUAGCGGAAGGCCUGAUCGAGGAGGAUGACAAGCCCGUGGUGAUGCGUUCGCUGCUACUGCGACACCGGCACGUGCACGACGAUCGGUUCCGGUUCUCCAUUAGCGGCAAAAAGCACUCCUCAUACACGAGCUUGCAGAACUUGGCAGACCCGCGGCGGCGGCGCAGCUCGUACGCUUUGCCGCUGGAGCGCGCCGAGGUACGCAAGAAGUCGUCGGCGGGCGGCCUGGAGCUGCGCGAGGUGGAGUACCUGGCGGGCGUAGACGCGGCGGCCGGCUCACAGGAUGAAUUGCGGCGCCCACACCACGACUCCAUACUGAAACGCAUCCCCGGCGAUGCCGAAGCCACCACCGUGCUCGUGGGCGCUGUGGGUUUCCUCGAGCAGCCCACGAUCGCGUUCGUGCGCCUCGCCCAAGGAAUCCUCAUGCCUUCCAUUACAGAGGUGCCCGUCCCGGUGCGGUUCAUGUUCAUUCUUUUGGGUCCUAGCGGCGCCGACCUUGACUAUCACGAGGUGGGUCGCUCCAUUUCCACACUCAUGUCCAACCCGGCGUUCCACUCCAUCGCAUACAAAGCGGAUGACCGGCGCGAGCUGUUGUCUGCCAUCAACGAGUUCUUGGACGACUCCAUCGUGCUACCGCCCGGGGACUGGGAGCGCCAAGCACUUCUGCCCUUCGAAGAGUUACGCGCCAAGAGCGAGAUGAUCCGACGUCGGAAGCGUGAUGCUUUGGAGCGCAAGCGUGCGGCUGGCGAAGUGCCCGCGCCCCUCGACGAGAAGAAGGCGCUACUGGCCGCGGAGGCGGGUGGCCUGCCGAGCAAGGAGCCGGAUGAUCCGCUGGUUAGAACUGGCCGCUUAUUUGGAGGUGUGAUACGUGACAUGAAGCGACGCUACCCCUACUAUUUGUCGGAUUUUCGCGAUGCACUGAAUGGACAGUGUGUAGCAGCCACCAUCUUCAUGUACUUCGCGGCGCUCUCCUCCGCGAUCACGUUCGGCGGUCUGCUGGCCGAGAAAACGUAUGGCAGCAUCGGCAUCUCUGAAACUUUGGUGUUCACGUGCGCUGGCGGCGUGCUGUUCGCGCUGGUGGCGGGGCAGCCCAUGAUGAUCACAGGUGCCACGGGCCCGCUGCUACUACUGGACGAGUCACUCGCUAACUUCUGUCACUCGAACAACUUCGACUUCCUGACGGCGCGCAUGUACUGCGGCAUCUGGAUGAUUGUCAUCGCACUCGCCGUUGCCUCCGCGGAAGGCAGUGUGGCCGUCAAGAAGAUCACCAGGUCUCACUGGUUUCACUAUGUCCUUAUAUCUGUUGUGCUACACAGGUUCACUGAGGACAUCUUUGCUUUCCUGAUCUCACUAAUCUUCAUUGGAGAGCCGGUGACCAGCCUCAUCAACGUAUUCCGUGCCCAUCCGCUGGGCAUCGACUAUGCCGCAGCCGCUGCCAACGUGACUGUCGUCACCAACUCUACGCUGCCAGGUAACGCGACGCUGGCGCCGGCGGCGGGCGCGCGCAUGCCGCCGCAGCCCAACACGGCGCUGUGGUGCACCAUGCUGACGCUCUCUACCUUCAUCAUUGCCUACUACCUCCGCAUUUUCCGCAACGGCAAGUUCCUCGGCCGCAGCGCUCGCCGCGCUCUCGGUGACUUCGGCGUGCCCAUUGCGAUCGUGCUGAUGGUGGGCGUGUCGUGCGCCGUGCCGGUGUGGACGGAGACGCUGCGCGUGCCCGAGGGACUCAGCCCCACGGCUCCGCGCUACUGGCUCGUGCCGCUCAACAACGGGAUCGGCACUAUUCCUGCCUGGGCCGCCUUCGCGAUGGGCCUGCCCGCUCUCAUGGUCUACAUAAUCGUCUUCAUGGAAACCCACAUAGCCGAGCUGAUCAUUGAUAAACCGGAGCGAAAAUUGAAAAAGGGCAGUGGUUUCCACAUGGACAUCGUGAUCAUGUCGGCGGUGAACGCCAUGUGCGGGCUGUUCGGCGCGCCGUGGCAGUGCGUGGCCACCGUGCGCUCCGUCAGCCACGUGUCCGCGCUCACCAUCAUGUCCACCACGCAUGCGCCCGAGCAGCGGCUGACAGGACUGCUGGUGGCGCUGCUGGUGGGCAUCUCGGUGCUGGCAGCGCGUUGGCUGCGACUCGUGCCCAUGGCCGUACUGUUCGGAGUCUUUCUGUACAUGGGCAUUUCAGCGCUGGGCGGAAUCCAGUUCUGGGACCGCUGCAUUCUCUUACUAAAGCCUGUCAAACAUCACCCGCAAGUUCCUUACGUUAGACGGGUCCCGACGCUGAAGAUGCACUUGUACACAGUGAUCCAAGCAGCGGGCUUGGCCGUGCUGUACGCUGUCAAGUCGUCGCGGUUCUCACUGGCCAUGCCGUUCUUCUUGGUGAUGAUGGUACCUCUACGAAUGUCCCUCGCCUACGUGUUCACGCCGUUGCAACUCAGAGCGUUGGAUGGCGCCCAAAAAGAUAUCGACAAGGACGACGAACCCGAUUUCUACGAGGAGGCGCCGCUGCCGGGCUAGACGCCGGCUCCGCACUGGCUCUAUCCUGAGACGUUGUAGCAGGCUUUAAAUUAUUUCUUCCUACGUCUCCACAUCUAUUUUUUCACUCUCUGUGAUUUGUACGAAAGUUGUAUAUAAUAUUUCGAAAUAUGCCAGUCAGACUGCGCGUAUAUAUUUUUGUAAUAUAGACUUACAGGUAAUAUGUUAAAGAUCCGAAAACAGGAUUUAGUUUGUACUAUGUUGCCUGCACUAGGCCCACCAUGGAUAUAGUAGCUGGGUUACUCGCACUUGCAACCAAAGACCCUUGGAGCAUUCCGAUAAUAAUGAUAUGCAUGUAUAGGAACGAGUACAGUACUCGUGCCGCAGUAUAUAUAUAUAGUGCACUGGCGCUCGCAAGUACCAGUCAGUGGCCAGUUAGUGCAGGACCACAAUUAUUUCAUUUUCGUAGAUUUUGGUCUUCACUCGUACUAAUGUACAUUGUACAGUAUUAAUUUAUACUACUUAUAAUAGUUACCAUUGAUACGUAACGUAGGUACUUAAUGAUAAGUAAUUGUGAUAUGUUUAUUGCUAUAAAGUAAAAAAGAUGAAAUGGCAUAGCUAUAUUUAUUAUUUGAUUCGUUUGCUGUUGCACGGUUGGCGCAGUCGACUCUCGCCUCGUGUCGCUCGGGCUCUGGUGAAGAGAGAAACAAAUAUCAACAAUCUAAGAUUGGAACGUGUAUUUACAUUCAGUAAUUUUUUUUAAAAAUGUGCCCAACUGCCGACUACAAGUUAGUAGGGAAAUAGUCAUCGCACGUCGUCUUAGUGAGGAAAUUAUUGUCCGUUUACUUGAGCGCGUCACAGACAUGGCAACUUCCACUCCACACACUGGACCUGUACUUAGUGCAUUAUUCGUAUUUCCUGUACAGCGUGGUGAAAUUUAGAUAAGCGUGUUCUACCAAACAAUCCUUUCAUCUUUAUACUGUUUGUUACCCACUACAACUACAACUUAGUACCUAUAGGUACCCACUUAUUUAAAUAUUUGACCAUAAUAUCAAUGCGAUGUGCCUUGCUAUAUGCAUAAUUAUAGCUACUUGUGUGACGAGCUGACGAAUUUGUAGGCAUACUAUUAUGUGUGUACCUAUAUUAUUAAAAUUAAUUGACAAUGGGCGAUGAGCCGAUGACACGGCCUGUCUACUUAGGAAUGUCUGUACGUAAGCGAUCUUAGAUCAUGUACGUGUUAUUGCAGACCAGACAGCAUCUACAUGCUGCAAGCUGCACCUACCGUCGUUGUCAGGUGUCAGACUUUGUAUUUAGGUAUAUUGUAUGUACUUAAACAUGCGACUUUUAUUUAUGAAGCAGGUAAGUUAUAGUUAGUAAUGUUUUAAAAGAAGUAGGUAGUUGUUCCUAGUAGAAGUAAGUAGGUAGUCAAUCAAUGUAAUAUUCUUGUUUCCCCGCAAAAAGGUAGGUAGGUAUCAGGUACGGACGUGGACAUGACAUGUGUGUAUUUACAAAACUUCGGUGUGCAGUUAAUGUCAUUGCCUCGAUGUAGGUAAGUAGGUAGGUAGACGGUGACAGCUUUGAUGCAGGCCACACACCUUACGAUGUAACUGCGCAGUUCAACUGUACCGGCACUUAACACUGCACAGUAAAUUCGUAAUUUCGUAAAUUCGUGUAACAUGCAUAAGUCAUUGAAUCAUUAAAUGCAAGCCAAAGUGUGUGCUACUCGCCAUAUGGACCAGUCUGAUCUUUAAUUUCCUUGAACUAAUGUUUGAAGGUAGGUGUGUACCGCUGUGUACGUACUUCCGAAUACGUCCGUCAUGUACAUACAAAUGGCAUACAAAGUGAUGCGUCCCGGCUGCACUUGGACUGGUUGAGUAGGUGUAGGCUAAUGUUAUCUAGGUAAUAGACAUGUACACCGACAAGUACAACGUGUGAUGUGUCGCAGGUGAUUAUGGCCGGAGUUCUUCCGUUAUUUGCAUUCUUUCCGUACAUAUCUACAUUAUGUUGAUCCGAUAGAUAUAAAAAAAUAAUAUUUCUGUGGUUGAUCCCGUCAGCUUUAACACAUACAUACAGUUCUUACUUAGCUUCCUUCACUAACACGCCGAAAGUUGGUUCAUCAGCCGAAAAGAGCCAGAAUAUGUGAGUUAUUGUGCAUUUCAUUAAUUAGGAAUUAUUGACCAAAAAUAUGCUAUUAAUUACAUAUUCAAGAUACCUACCGACGUGACACAUUGUAUAUAAGUCCCCGACUUCAGUUUGUUACAUUCGGGAUACUGUCUUAAUUAGAUAGGUACCUACUUUAUUGACGAUUGGGUUCGUAAUUAUUGUUAACAUCUUGUAGAAUAUAGGUCCCUCAAUAGGCAAACGGACCGAUGAACAUUCCUCCAAUCGUUUAUUAUUAUUAUAAAUCAUCUCUUUAGAAGUUCAAGUAAAUCUAAAUGUAUGAGACACUGAAGGUUCCCAAAAUAUACUUACAACGGUAAUAAUCGAGUGGGAAUCCUAGGUAAUACUAUUGAUAGUACAAAUUAUAAAAUACAAAAAAAAAAUAUGAAAAUUCAAAGGUUGAAUGAACAAUUUUUCAAAAUGUUGUUGAAGAAACUUGAACUUUUUACGUUCUCGACAAAGACCUUUGGGGUUGGUAGUAAAGAAAGGAAGCCACAACCUUUUUUUUAUUUCAUCGAACCCUAUGUCACUUAAAAAUAUUCUUUUUACAACAAAUAGCUCUCAUUUUACAGGUAACUAAAUUACCUUUAACACGACAUACGUUACCAAUUAAUAAAAUACUUGUAUCAGAAAACAUUUAUCAAGAAAUGUUAAGAAAAAUCGCUAGUGGUUCCGUUUCUUUGCUCUCCAAGCGACCAGUCCAUAUAGUCCAUAAUACGCAUCCAGUACUCAAUAUUUCGUAACGUACGAUUAGAAAACCAGUACUAUAAUAAUAUGUAGGUACUAUUAUGCUACUUACACGACAUGAAAGUCAUUUAGUUGAACUGUCGAAAUUACCGCGCGGCGGGGACUACCGCGACUACUUCAGUACCUACUCGGUGGCUGUGCUCGUGCUGCAGGGAUUAUUGGUCCACCUGUGCACCAUGCACCAUGCACCAUGCACCAACGCACCCAGUUCCGUCCUGUUUUGGUGCAGUUACUUUAAAUGUGUUACAACUAGUGUAGUGAUAUCCAAGACUUUAGUUCUAAGAUAAAGUAGCCUCGGUUUGGUAAUGUUAUAAGUUGAACUAUUUCAUUGUUAUUGUUUUUGUUGAUUAACUUAAUAAAGUGUUUAUAAGAUUAA